UCUCUCCGUCCGUCUCACCGCCUGCUGCCAUGUUUGUUGCUCCUCCUGGCUACCAGCCGAUCUACGGCCCUGCAAUUCCUUACCUGGGGCCCAUUUAUGGAGGCGUGAGGGAGGGAACGUCCAUCUACAUCCAGGGGUCCAUUCCUGAGGACAUUACCAGAUUCUUCAUCAACCUGCUCUGUGGAGAGUCUGAGUCCAGCGACAUCGCCUGCCACUUCAACCCUCGCUUCGAUGGCUGGGACAAGGUGGUCUUCAACUCCCGUCAGGACGGUGACUGGGGCUCUGAGGACAAGAUCCGGGACAUGCCCUUCAGUAAGGGCCAGGCCUUUGAAAUGGUCAUCAUGAUCACGUCACAGGGCUACCAGAUCAAAGUCAACGGUAAUGACUUCUACACCUUUGAACACCGCCUCCCUGUGGAGAGAAUUUGUGCGAUGCAAAUCGCCGGAGAUGUUUCCAUCCAGACGAUUAAUGUCAUCGGGGCGGCUCGAGGUGGCAUGAAUAGGUAUCCUGGAGGAAUGGGAGGAGGAAUGGGAGGAGGCAUGGGAGGAGGCAUGGGAGGAGGCAUGGGUGGAGGAUAUCCAGGAGGUGGCAUGGGGGGAGGAUACCCAGGAGGAAUGGGAGGAGGAAUGGGAGGAGGAAUGGGAGGAGGCAUGGGAGGAGGAAUGGGAGGAGGCAUGGGAGGAGGAAUGGGAGGAGGCAUGGGAGGUGGAUAUCCAGGAGAAGGCAUGGGGGGUGGAUAUCCAGGAGGAGGCAUGGGAGGUGGUAUGGGGGGAGGAUAUCCAGGAUCAAAUCUGCCGAGCAUGGGCGGGCAGCCAGUCUACAACCCUCCUGUGCCCUACUCCAACAUGAUCCCAGGAGGGAUGUCCCCUAAGAGGACCAUCAUCAUCAGAGGCAUGGUGCCCUAUGGAGCAGACAGAAUGAGCAUCAACUUCAUGGUGGGCAGAUCUCGGGACAUCGCCUUCCACAUGAACCCGAGGGUGAGGGAGGGGGUGGUGGUGAGGAACAGCAUGCUGGGAGGAAACUGGGGCCAGGAGGAGAGAGAGAUGGGCAUGAACCCGUUCAUGGAGGGACAGUACUUUGAUAUGUCGAUCCGCUGUGGGAACCAGAGGUUCAAGGUGUUUGUGAACGGGCAACACUUGUUCGACUUCUUCCACCGCCUGCAGUCCUUCAACGAGAUCGACAUGCUGGAGAUUGAAGGCGACAUUCAGAUCUCCUACAUCCACUUCUGAGACCUGGAGGAACUUGACAUUCUGUACAUUAUUCAACUAUUUCAUGUUUUUUCUCCAGCUGUUCUGUGAUCUUUAAGAGGAUCUGUCAGCCACUGUGUCGUUUAUCUCAGGCUCUUAACCUUUGUGCCUCACUAGGGACAUGUUGGCUUUUCAAUGGGUUUUUAAUAUAAUUAUUUAACUGUGUUGAUGCAUAUGGCAUACAUUUUAAACCCCAUCUUCUACAAAAAAGGUGUGUCUAAAAACAAGAUAAAAACACAAAAUCUGAGGGAAAUGAUCUUGCUGCAUGGACAGAUAAUUUCACUUGACAAGAUUUCUUAAAUUAAGAUUAUUAAAUCUAGAAAUAAGCAUGUUGUACGCUUAAAAUAAGAAAUCAACUCUUAAAACAAGAUAAAUUAGCUAACACUUCUAAAUCUAAAGUUUCUUUUAUCUUGGUAAGAAACAAAUAAUUUGCAGUGUGGUGUUGGUUUAAAAUUCAACAAGUCCAACAAUCAGUUUUUUUUGUCAUAUCGGUCCUUUGAGGCACAAGGGUUAAUCUUCCUGCUAUGAGAACAAAAUUUUAAUUAGACAAAAAAUUACCUCAUCAUAGGCUGUAUUGUUGACUUAAUAAACAUGUCAUUAACA